CUUAGUUGUGAAGCUGUUUUCUCAGAAACACCAUCAGAAAGUGGUAACCAGCUGCCGAAGCUUGUUUGGUACUACAGACAACCAGAGAUUCCAGGUGAUGUACCUAUACCAUCACAGUUAUUGCCAAUAAGCCCACCACGUAUGGAAACAUUGUCUAUACUACCACAAGAUGAUCAUAAAAUUUCACUUUCAUCAGAUGCCUACACCUUUAGAGAUGAUAAUGCAGAAUUCCAGUGUCAAGCAUUCAUGGAGGAUGAAAAACCUGUAGCGACAGAAGUCAUCUUCAUACAGA